CAAAAACACAUCACUUGAAAUUAACAAUGAAAUUUCAAACUUGGAAAAGUUGCAGUGAGGCAAUGGAUUAUGUCAGUGAUGAUUUCACGAACACCGCCAUUGGAAGCAACCAUCUUCCCUUUCGUUGUUCUCCGUCGUUAUAUAACCCGCCAUUGCCCUCUUACUCACAACCCAAAUCCGCCCCCAAAUCCUUGAUUUCACAAUGGCCUCUGUGGAUGAGAAGUAUCGUUCGCUUUUGCUUGGAGAUGAAGAGAAGAACACCAAAUGGAGAUUUGGGGUUCCUCCUAACUACGAUGUUGUCAACAAGCUCUUCGAAGAAGAGCGGACUAAUGUAUGGCCUGUUGGAUCACUUGAAGAGAGAGUGCAAAGCCUGGUGAAGAAUUUUGAGAUGGAAAUGUUCCAUAAGAUUUCAAGCACUGAUUUCAGAACAAUAGAUUUAAACAAGUUUACUUUCUGUCUCAAUGGAAGAAAGCCUUUAAGUAUUGAAGAAACUAGUAAACUUGGAGGUUACAAUCCCUUCCUUCAGACCUCCAUCCCUGAGGAGUAUAGGUACUAUAAUGCUGCAAAGGAGACUGCUGCAUCUUCUCACCAAGCUUUCACUGCCACGUUCCCUCGAGGUUUUGCUCUCGAGAUUAUCCAAGUUUAUUCAGGGCCUCCUGAUAUUGUGUUCAAGUUUAGGCAUUGGGGAUACAUGGAGGGAGCUUUUAAAAGCCAUGCCCCCACUGGGGAGAGAAUUGAAUUCUUUGGAGUUGCCAUUUUUAAGGUGAAUGAGAAUGAUAUAAUUUUGGGGGUGGAGUUCUUUUUUGACCCAGGGGAAUUGCUUGGGAAACUCAUGAAAGGUCCUCGCUUGGAUGGCUCGGUUGAAAAGGCGGUUUCGAGCUGCCCUAUCUUGAGAAACACAGGGUGAAUGAAUGAGUGUAUGAAUGAAUCUUACCUUGUCAGCCACAGAAACGCUCUGCUACAGCUGUUCUCAAGACUAGCAGAAAUUGAGAGGUACCAAGAAAUUGAAGGAUCAAAUUGCAAACAGAGAGGAAGGGCUUGGUGGGUAUGUCAGAAGCGGCAUGAUCAACAGGUUUGAACUGAGCCAACACUGAAAGCUCUGCAGUUGCAGACCUCAUUUCAGGUUCCUUUUCCACUUCUCUCUUUCUCUUCAUAUAUAAACUAAGCUUCUUGUGGUUUCUUCACUUCUUGUGGUUUUCUGUACUGAAUCUUCUCAUAAAGGAGGGACCUUUCUUUCUCCUUCUUCUUCUUGUGCUUCUCUGCUGCUUCAGAAAAUUCCCCAACAGGCUAAACCUCUGGGCUGAGCUCUCUGACUUUUAAGAUUAAUAAAUCUCAUCCAGUUCGGCUUCCGGUUCAUCAAAUACCGUGAGAUUCCACAUCGGUUGGGAAAGAGAACGAAACACUCUUUACAAGGGUGUGUAAACCUCUCUCUAGCAGACGUGUUUUAAAAACUUUGAAGGAAAGCACAAAUGGAAAGCCCAAAGAGGACAAUAUCUGUUAGUGGUGGACCGUUACAAAUGGUAUCAGAGCUAGAUAUCGAAUGAUGUGUCAUCGAGGUGGCUGAGCCUCGAAGGGGGUGGACACCAACGGGACGUUGGAUCUCAAAGGGGGUGGAUUUGAGGAGUAUCACAUUGAUUGGUAAAGGAAACAAGUGCCAGUUAGGACGUUGGGCCCCGAAGGAGGUGGAUUGAAAGAUCCCACGUCGGAUUAUUAAAUAAAUUUGUACUUUUUGGGAAAGAAAAAAAAAAAAGCAAUAAAUGAUAUGAAAAAAGGUUAUUGUUUGUGGAUUUUGAUAAUGUUUGGAAUGAUAAAGGUGAUGCUGCCAUGGCUAUGCCUCCCAUGGAUA